AUUCUCGUAUAUUUUUACACUACAGGUUUCCCUUAUCAGACAAUAUUUAUGUAUUACCUACGUUAUCGCACCUUACAACGCCAUCCUGUGUCAUUUCGCGCAUAAACGUUGAUUUUUCAAAUUUCUGAUUAACCGGGAAAAAACAAAAGUUAAUUGUGUGCUGUACGCUUCAAUCUUCAGUACAUCCUUGACAGUUGAAAAAUGUUAUGGGACCCAUGAAAUUUUGAGGUUUUGAGUGCCAGUGAAAAAUGUUAUUGAUCUAAUAGAUCGAAAUCUCAUGGAUUCUUGGUGCAGAUACGGCCAAGAUUUUAUCGUAAACUAGUUACGCAGUUUUGAUAAAAUUUCUUCAAUGGUUCGUGUAUGAAAUUUUGGAGAAAUUCAACCGUUUUGAGAAUGUUGAAUUGAAACUCAAGGUCCAAUGGACGAACCGGUGAAAUCCCCACCUUCAAUCUCCAGAUUUUCCGAUGACCCAAGCACCAGAGGCUUUGAUCAAUCAGCCGGUGCCCAAUGGAUUUAUCCAGAGAAUUAUCCCUUGCGGGAUUAUCAAUUCAAUAUUGUGAAAUCUGCGCUUUAUCACAAUACUUUGGUUUGUUUACCAACAGGUCUUGGAAAAACAUUCAUAGCUGCAGUUGUGAUGUACAAUUUUUGGAGAUGGUAUCCUAUGGGAAGAAUAGUAUUCUUAGCUCCGACGAAACCCCUCGUUGCACAACAGAUAAAUGCAUGUCACGAUAUCAUGGGAAUACCAAACGAGGAGACAAUAGAACUCACCGGUUCUAUGGACCAGAAGAAACGUCAAGUAGCUUGGAACAACAAUGCUGGAGCAAGAGUCAUAUUCGCAACUCCACAGGUUUUUCACAAUGACCUGGAAAAAAAUAUAGUACCAGCCGAGCUCGUAAAAUGUGUGGUUGUGGAUGAAGCACACCGAGCCUUAGGGAAACACUCUUACUGUGAGAGUGUUCGAAUAUUAAGUGAGAAGAACAAAUUUUUUCGAGUUCUCGGUCUGUCCGCAACACCUGGUGGUAAAUUGGACGCUGUUCAAGAUGUCAUUAGGAAUUUAUACAUUUCUCGACUGGAAUUGCGAGACGAUACAUCACCGGACAUAAUACCUUACAUCAACAAACGCAAACUCGAUAUUAUUCUCGUAGGUUUAGGAGAAGAUUUAGAAAAAUUUAAAGAUCGGUAUAUUAUUAUAAUGGAUCCUCAUGUACGUGUUCUCCUUCAAAAUAAUAUAUUACGUGGAAAUACCAGCAACUUGUCGAAAGGGAGAAUUUUCCACAUAAACAAAGAGUGGCACCAGAGACCCAAACAGGGCAACAAUCAUGGACUCAUAACAAAAACUUUGAUGAUACUUCUAACAAUGUAUCACGCUUACGAAUUAAUGAUUCGUCAUGGUCUACGAGCUUUCUACAAUUUUUAUCAAAAGCAUGAAGACAAAUUUUGGUUAAGUAGCGAGCACGCGUUGGCGGAAUUACUAGAAGAAAUAAAUUAUUACCUUGGCCCAUUUCCGGACAUUCCUUCGAUAUUGACGGAAAGUUAUCCAAUUAUUCCGGAAGGUAUUCGAUUCGGUCACAACAAAUUUUACAAGCUAAAGGAGAUCUUGUUAAGACAUUUUGAGAAUUACCGGAACAAAGACGAAGAAACAAGAGCCAUCGUUUUCAUUGAGUUCAGAGACAUCGUGAACGAAGUGUACGUUCUUCUUCUACAAGCAAUGCCUUUGUUACGGCCGCAAAAAUUUGUUGGACAGGCAGGUCAAAAAAGGAAAGAACAGUCGAAAGCUCUCGAGGAUUUUCGUUCUAACAAAGCCAACGUCCUCAUUUCAACAUCAGUCGGAGAGGAAGGUUUGGACGUAGGUGAAGUGGAUUUGAUAGUGUGUUUCGACACUACUCAGGUCAAUCCAACUCGUUUGGUCCAGCGGAUGGGAAGAACGGGACGGAAACGUGACGGUCACAUAAUCGUGUUAGCAACAAAUGGAAAAGAGCAUGAGACCUUAAAGUCUUCGAUGUCACGAAGAGAUUCUCUCAAUAAUAAAGUCUUACAUUCGAGUGGGAUAUUGAGUGCUCUUUAUUUGGAAAGUCCGCGAAUGGUCCCCAUGGAUCUUCAACCAGAGUGUCGGAAAAUAUGCGUUAUAGCACACCCCAAAGUUGCCGGGCCUUCUAAAAGAAAAGGAAAAACGAAAGAACCGAAGAAACCACGCAAAAAAGCCGAAACCAAUAACAAAACUAAGAACACAAAAAAUCCUGUUGUCUCUGGAAGUCACUCACUAAUGAAAUUUUUCAAACGAACGAAAGAAGAUUUCGAAAUGGAAAGUGAUAACGAAAUCGUGGAUUUGACGAUGAACAACGUCCCUCAAUCGGUAUCUCACGCAUUAAAAGUUCCUCAAUGCAACAAUAGUACUGUAAAAUUGAGUAACAUAAAGCUACUUACUUCGGACGAUGCUGCAAUAGAAUUUCUGACGUUGUGCACGAUGAAGAGAUCCCAAAACGAGCGUGCGAAUGAUGGUGGACGGAAAACAAAUCCUUAUUUUCCUUCGUACUAUGAGAAACACGAAGAAAUAAAUUUCAAUUUCGAAAUACCGAAUUUGAAAAUUCUGGAUUGUUUAGAAACGCUGGAGCCUUACGUCGAGCCGAUAACGAAUUACGGAAACAACGAAGCAUCGAUAUUUCACGAAGACAACGAACAUUUUCGGCCUUCAGGAUGCUUUGAAGAUUUGUAUCAAAACCAGAAUCCACAAAACGACGACAAUGAUUUGUGUGAUUUGAAAUUCGAGGCACUGCUCGAUGAUUCCAGUAGCGACAGUGACAAAACGCGGAUUGAGCCAUUGGAGGACGACAAACAUGAUUAUCCGAUCGACGAAACAGUCGACUGGGGUGAAAGUGUCUCUGAAUUUCAAUUAGAUCUCGACGAAUGGUCGGACGAGAUGAGAAUGACGCCUGUAAAGAACGGAUGGAACGAUGACGACGCUCCGGAGCCAACCACCGCGUCCCGCAGCCCUGAUAAAUCGACUGAGAACUUAAAAAAUGUCGUCGAGAGCUCUUUGAAAAUGAAGGCAACCGAGAAAUCAACUGUUGAACCUGUCAGAAUGGAAGACAACGCAGAUGGUGAAUUCAGCGUUUUCGAACAGUUGCUAAACCAUGAUUCAGAAACGAAUUCUGAAGAUAAUAAAGCGAAUUCCGUCGAGGACGGAACAAGCAAUGAUUUAAUUGAUAAAUCAGGAGCUUUCGAAGAUCUGUUGAACGAAGAUUCGGAAACGAGUUGUGAACAGAAUAAAUCGAAUCCCGUGGACAACGAGACGUGCAACGAUUUAGUUGAAAAAUCACAAGCUUUCGAAGAUCUGUUGAACGAAGAUUCGGAAACGAGUUGUGAACAGAAUAAAUCGAAUCCCGUGGACAACGAGACGUGCAACGAUUUAGUUGAAAAAUCACAAGCUUUCGAAGAUCUGUUGAACGAAGAUUCGGAAACGAGUUGUGAACAGAAUAAAUCGAAUCCCGUGGACAACGAGACGUGCAACGAUUUAGUUGAAAAAUCACAAGCUUUCGAAGAUUUUUUGAACGACGAAUGGGAAACGAGCUCAGAAAAAUGUGAUUCUGAUGCGACGGUCGACGGGCUCGGGGAAACGAACGUUUUCGAUAAUUUACCCGAUGACGAUUCUUCCACGAAGUCAGGCCUCAACAAUUUCCAAGAGAAGAACGUCGCUCUCAUUGAAAAUGAAGAAAUCGAAGUUAAUUCGAAAGAGAAACCUGAAGAAUUUGCACGUAUUUUGGAUUCCCUGUCAGACGACAGCGAAACACAAUUCGACGGGGAAUUCAGUGUUAAUAAAAAAAACAGCCAAGUUUCGAGCACUAAAUCAACGAAGCACAUCAGAUAUUCGCAUGAUGAAAUCGCCGAUUCGAUCGAAAAUCGCGACAAGCUAAUUCCAUCGCGUGGAGCAUCUGAAAAAAGCCAUGACGACUCGAUCGAUUUACUAGACGGUUUCGAAUCACGAAAUUCCCAAAAUUCUAAUUGCGAAAAAAGACAUUUUGGAGUAAUUUCCGAAAUAUUGACGAAUUCGAGGAGUUCUGCUUUCAAAAAUUCGACUCCUAAAACCUCCAAACAAGAACUCCCCGGCGUAGCGUUGUUGACGCACCACGAGACAAGCGAGCGAACUAGCGCGACGAGUAAUAUUGUAAACAUCGAUACUCAAGGUCACGAAAUGUCGCGCUCCUUCGACGGCGAGUCUGAGAACUCGCGUUUUCGUGAAAAUGACAACAGCUGCGAUAGACAAUGCACGAGCAAAGUUAACGUCGAGGAAGCAUCGGAAUCGGACGUAGAUAUUUUCGGAGCUGACGAUCUUCUCGUCGAUUCGGAUUUCGAGGAGCAAAUCAACGAAAUUGAAAAGAGUGCUGGAAGCAAUACAAGUGCAUUGAAAAAGGACGCAAUUUUUGAAAAUUAUCUUGAUAAAAGUGGGGAAAAUGUUGUCGUUGAAAAGCCUGAAAAUAUCGGAGUAAACGGAGAUAACGAAAGUGAACAAAUUCCCGAGAUCGAAAUACCUGAGAAUCCCAAAAUAAAUGCCAACGACAGGAGCGAAAAAAGCGUCGAUUCCGGUGUUUUAACCUCAGCUGGAAAAUCGGAAAAAAUAGCUGAGCAAUCGAUCCCCGAAGACGCAAAAAUCUGGCCAAAACGUGAUAUCGUUCCCCGAAAUUCGACAGAAUCAGCAAAUUCGUCGGUUCGAUUAGCGGCGUCGGAUUUCGACCUCGACGAUUGUGACUGGGAUCCGAUCGAUUUUGAGAUUCCUGUUGUAGAUUCUCGUGCACCGAGGAACGACAAAAACAUCGUAAGAGGUGCGGGAUCGAAGAGCACCUGGAUCGAUCGACCCGAGAGUGAAUCGAGCGAGGUUAAAAAUUCGGGACAUUCCCCAAAAGCCACCGGUUGGUUAUCGACGGAAAAACCGAAGCCUCGUCUUUCGUUGAGUAAAAAAUUAUCGCGAAAUAUUUGUAACAGUUUUUGGAAGGGUAGUAGAAACGAGAGAGAGUCGGGAAAACGUGACUCGGAUUCGGAAAACGAUUUCACAGUUCUGAGACUCGAAACAAAGUUUUCCAAAAAUUUUGACGACGAUUGUUUCUCCAAACCUCGCCCAGUAUCGGCAAUUAAAAAGCCCGAAAUAUCCACGACGAUGAGCAAGUCGGUCAGGUCGGUCAGGGGUCCGUUGUCCUUGAAACGGUUCGAUGUAAAUAAAAUCGAAGAAACGAAAUUCUCACGAUUCGCUGCGCCUCCAAAAUACAGAGAAAAAGAAACGAGCCACGGUACGAGUGGCGUAAAGACACUGGGGAUUGGGGAACCGAGAUCACUUUCCUGCAAUCUCGACAAUAGAAAAAGAAAAAAAGUACAAAUGCAUUCGAGUGCUGCUAAAAGGCUUCGUCCAAAAAACGCUUUCAUCGACGACGAAGCUGAAGUCUCCACUGAUGGUGAACUUUCUUCCGGCAGCUCGGGAUGCGAUGACGAUCUCGAUGGGUUCGUUAGUUACACACAAAAUGUCGACGAUUCAGUCGACAUGCAAGCUCAUUAUCUACAAACAGUGAGAAGUCCGGUGAACGCGCGCGGUUUUCAUUUCAAAAAAUCUAAAGAUCCGAACCCAGACCUGCAAAUUUACUCACAACCGCUGCUCGAUGAACCCAACCAUUAUAUCAAUGAUUCGUUCUGCGUCGACGAGGAGGAUGAAGUAUUCGAGGAAUGUGUAACGAGCGAUGAGUUGACGAGGCUCGAAAAGUUGGAAACGGAGCUGAAAAGGAAGAAACGAAAACGUACUGAAUCUGCAGAAUCACGUGCCAAGCGGAAACGAAAAGUUCUCGCAUCUACGCACGACACAACGAGCAGCGAGGAUGAAACGGAGAAUCUUCGACGACAAAUCCAAGAAGAAUCGUUUACGCUAAAAAAUAGAUGAAGAUGAAAUAUUUUUUUCAAUCUUUAUAUUUAUGAGAAAUAUUUCGAUGGAACAACCGCUGAGCUUUAUCCUUAUCGAAAUGAAUCUUCUGUGAUAUUACGCCGACUGAGAGCUGUAUGAACUUGAAAUUGUUGAUAGCCAAAAGUGUUGAUAGAAAAGUCUAAAAUAUAAUCUCAAAAUUGUCAUUUUUCGUGUAGCUGGAACCGUGUUAAUUUAUGUUCACAAAAUCACUCAGCUGUCCGAUGUGACGUGAAAAUAAUUGUUUGUUGCGUUCAAAAUCAUUUGGAGCGUCCGUUAUUUAUUUUCGGUCUAGUGAAGUCAGCCUAAUUAUAGAAUCUUUAUCGGCAAGAUCCGAUCGUUUAUUUGAUUAUCAUGCAAUACUUUCUCCCUUUCGGCGUCCCCGAUUAAAGUAUCAUUUCCAGUGUUAGAUGUUUAAAUUAUUUGAAUUUUGUUUUCUUACGCUGACAAUACAAAUAUAGAUUGCAGUAUUUCACGUUUAAUUAUUAGUGUUUAAUUUAGUGGCUAAAUUUCGUGCUUGUACGCAAUCAUAUUCAUUCCAAGCAUUGAAAGAAUAAAUGCGAUGUUUUCAAGACCAAA